UUUUUUUUUUUUUUUUUUUUUUUUUUCUUUCCUUUGUCCUUUUUCCUCUAUAAUCAGAGGGAUCCAGAAGAUUUUCCGUAGUUGCUCAAAAUCUAGCUUGGGCGUGCUACAGCAAUGGCCGAGUUGCACAACAGAAAAGCCGAAAAGGCUGUCGCAAAAGACACCACUCCUACCCUGAAAGAGCUCAAGGAUGCAAUUCCUAAGGAAUGCUUCGAGUCAUCGGCCGUCACAUCGCUCUUGUACCUCGCUCGCGACAUCCUUUACUGCGCCAUUCUGACUGUGGCUGCCUUCCAAAUCCACCGCAUUCCCUCAUUACCGCUGCGGAUCAUUGCUUGGGCUACGUACGGUUUCUUUCAAGGCUGUGUCGGCACUGGAAUAUGGAUUCUCGCACACGAGUGCGGCCACGGGGCCUUCUCACCUAACCAGAAGCUUAACGACUUCGUCGGCUGGGCUGGACAUUCAUUCCUGAUGGUACCCUACUUCUCCUGGAAGAUCACCCACGCCCGCCACCACCGCUACACCGGUCACAUGGAGAAGGAUACCGUGUAUGUGCCGUGGACAGACGAGGAUCUAGCAAAGAAGAAGAACGUGCGGAUUGAGCAACUGAAGCAUCUGACCGAGGAGACUCCGAUUGUGUCUUUCCUGCAGCUGAUCGGUCACCAGCUGUUCGGAUGGCAAAUCUAUCUCUUCCUGAAUGCCACCGCAGGCACCAAGAGUCUGCCUGAAGGUGCUGGAAAGAUGGGACCUGCAAACCAUUUCAACUUCAUGGGGCCGCUCUUCACGGGCUCCCAGCGGGUUUCUAUCGCACUGUCUGAUUUAGGACUGUUGAUCAUGGGCUCCAUUCUGUACUAUGCGUCUACCCAGAUUGGAGGCUGGAAUGUCGUGCUGUUGUACUUUAUUCCUUAUCUCUGGGUCCACCACUGGCUGAUUGCCAUCACUUACCUCCAACACACCCAUCCCGAAGUCCCGCAUUACACAGCCGAGGCCUGGACCUACACCAAGGGUGCGCUCGCCACCGUUGACCGUACAAUCGGUUUUAUCGGUCGUCAUUUCUUCCAUGAGAUCAUCGACUACCACGUUGUCCACCAUCUGUUCAGCCGCAUUCCAUUCUACAAGGCCGAGGAAGCGACCAGGGCCAUCCAGCCACUACUUGGCGAACAAUACCACGAAUCUAAGGACGAGAGCUUCCUGUAUUCGCUGAUGACGACAUUCCGGAAGUGCAUCUACGUUUCUGCGAAUGGAAGCUCCCAGCCCGGUGUUCUGCAUUUCGUCCGGGCAGAAGAUACCAACUAAAGAGCUGAAGGGUCCCUGGAGGGCUCUAUUGCUCACAAAAGUGAAGCUUUGAGAGCGAGAAGAUUUUCACCAAAUAAAUAGAUGAUUUAGAACAUAGAGGUUUGCGUUUGGAGUUUGUCAUUGCGAUUGAUACCGGCCCACUUGAGGUGGAUGUUUGAG